AAAAGCAGAACAUAAAAAACAUCCAGUAUACAAGAAAUCAUGUCUUGUUGAGGCAACCUAUAAUUUGACAGUUGGAUUACCCUAAUUAUCUUCCAACUUCUCAUCUCUAAUCUGGUAUGCAGUAUGAAAUCUGGCAAAUACUAUAUCACACAUAUGCCGUCAUUCUUAUAUUCUGACGUCUGAUGUAUACUCCACCAUUCUUACAUUCUAUCUGUCUUGCAUCAUCUUGUGUUCUACCAGGCAUACCCAGAAGGCUUAACGGACACUGAGCUCCAGGUGCUGGGUUCCACGGCCCACGUGGCCACCACAGAAGACAUCAGUAAGUGGAACAUCACCGUGAUCGACACGCUGGCGGCUCUGAUGAACUCGGCUGACGGAGAGUGGAACGCCACGGAGAGUAAGGCAGUCAUCAUGAAGUACCUGAGCGUAGCCAACAACACACUAGGCAGCGACGAGAUCAACGCCAUUGGCUCCAACCUCUGUUUCCUUGACACCAGUGUGCUGAGCAACAUCACAUCAGACAGCCUAAAGGACGCAGAGGCUGUGGAUCUGACCUCCUGCUCCACCCAACAGAAGACUGCCCUCUACACCAUAGCCAAGACCUCCUUCAGCUCAGUGAGACAGCUGAGGAGCACCACCGCCGACACCUCAUAUUACCACCUCAUCAGUCCAUACCUGGGUAAGCAUGUGUGCCUGUGCAGGGUGGUUUGA